GAAGAAACUGCUCUACAUCACAGCAGAAAGCGCCGAGACGAGGCUCAAAUCUCACGAAAGGGUGUUCCGUUGACAGUGUGAGUGUGCUGUUCUCCUUGCCCACGAAGGCGAGGUGCCCGGGACCAUGAGUGAGAAUGGCCCUCAUACGGAGGCGCCCAUGUACUUCGAGGUGGAGGUGGAUUCCUUGGUGCGGGAUGACGAAGAAGAAGAAGAUGACAAGAUCCACUUUGACAAAGAUGAGGACCUCAUUGCUGAACCGUCGUCAUCCUCCGGCCGCGUGUACGACCGCACCACGGUGCUCAUCGAGCGUGACCCCAUUCGGCUUGACGAGGAGGGUGAAGAGGAGGGCCACUGCGGAGGGGACGAAGACGGAGUUACCUUCCUAACUGAAGGAGAGGGGGAUGAAGAGGAGGGGUCUCUUGCCUUCAUGACCGACCCUGACGGCAUGUCGCAGGGAUACGUGCACCACACAAUUUCUCCAGACCAGAUCCAGUUCACAAUAAACCCAGGCUCCACCCCCAUGCCCCGAAACAUCGAGGGGGCGACGCUCACCCUGCACUCCGAGUGUCCGGAGACCAAGCAGAGAGAGGUAAAGCGCUACCAGUGCAUGUUUGAAGGCUGUACGAGGACGUACAGCACGGCAGGAAACCUGCGGACACACCAGAAAACACACCGGGGCGAGUACACAUUCGUGUGUAAUCAGCAGGGCUGUGGAAAGGCCUUUCUUACCUCUUACAGUCUCAAGAUCCACGUCCGUGUUCACACCAAGGAGAAGCCAUUCGAGUGUGACGUGCAAGGCUGUGAAAAGGCCUUCAACACGCUGUACAGAUUAAAAGCACACCAGAGACUUCACACAGGCAAGACGUUCAACUGUGAAUCGGAGGGAUGCACAAAGUACUUUACCACACUCAGUGACCUGAGGAAGCACAUUCGUACACACACUGGGGAGAAGCCAUUCCGGUGUGAUCAUGAUGGCUGUGGUAAAGCCUUCGCUGCAAGUCAUCACCUAAAAACACAUGUACGGACACACACAGGGGAGAAGCCAUUCAACUGUCCCAGCGACGGCUGCGAGAAGACGUUCAGCAGCCAGUACAGUCUGAAGAGUCACAUCCGAGGCCACGACAAGGGACAGCCGUUCAGCGUCACCCUCACUCAUCCCCUCUCUGAAGAUGCAAAUCACUCAUUGUGCCUCAGUGACUUGAGCCUCAUCUCUACAGACUCUGAGCUUCGAGAGAACAUCCACAACGCUCAAAAUUUGGACCUCCACAAUGUGACUCCUGUGAAAAUCUUCGAGCUCAUGUUCCAGAGUCCUGAAAAUAGUGUCAGCCAGGAUGAUGCCCACCCCAGCGAGAGCCUUGUUGAGUCCUUCAGCCUUGAGACCUCCUCCCAACCUGGACCAACUGAUGCCUCAUCUCCCCUCAUCUCUUUCUCCAUCAAUCCUACCUCCUCGUCUUCUUGUUCACACACCACUGCAGCGAUGGAGGCGUCCUCCCAGCCCAGCCAGAGCUCUUCCUCUCAGGCCUCCGCUCCCGCCUCUGUCACAGCUGCUGUCGCCUCCACGCCGCCUGCCCCUUUCAUGCAGCUGAGUGGGCCUCAGCACAUCUCAGCAGACGUGCCUCCGGCUCCUGUCCAAGCACCAAGCCACGUCACCCCGCAGCACUAUGUGGCACUGCCACCCACAUUCCUCCAGCCAGAUGGUGCGACCCAGGCCGUUCCCUUACCGCAGCCCGUCUCCGCUCCUCCUGCGCUGACCGCCGCAGCACCGGGCUCCGCUGCAGCUCCCGCUACAGCUACAGCCACCACAACAGAUGCUCUUGCAGCUGCGGCUCAAUCUGUGCCUUUAGCCAGCAACCCCGUCCCCGAUUCUGGCCCCGGUCUGGCUCCCGCCCCUGCCACCAUCACCAUAGCGCCCAGCCAGAACCUCCUGCAGCCCGGCCUGGUUAUGUCGGACCAGAACCUGCAGUGGAUCCUCAGCAGUGCUGCCAAUAGCCAGCAGAACCCGGAACAAGCUCCACACCAAGGAGCCCCGAAAGUGGAGAAAGUGUUCUUCACCACAGCCAUACCAGUGGGAGCCAACGCAGGCAACUCGGUACAACAAAUCGGCCUGAGUCUACCGGUGAUCAUCAUCAAGCAGGAGGAGUCCUGCCAGUGCCACUGUGCCUGCAGGGACUCCCCCAAAGACAGGAGCGCAAACAGCGCCUCCUCUGUCGCUCCAGCCCCGGUGCAGCAGCAGCAGCAGCAGCAGCCCCCAGAGCCCCCUCCCCCGUCACUAUCGGCGCCCCCGCAGCAUCCGGCCAGCUCUUCGUCCUCGUGCUGCCUCCCCAAGUCUUCCUCCACUGUGGGUGAGGCGAGGCCGGAGGCCCCCUCGUCCUCCGGCCCUCCAGCCUCCUCCGCAGCUCAGACUCUGUCUACAAUCGUGAGCGGCGCCGCCGCCAACACGCCCUCGUCCGACGGGCUGGCCAGCAUGGACGUCUCAGACUUCCUGUCCCUGCAGAGCCCCGAGACCGCCGCCAACAUCGAGGCUCUGCUGCUGGUCGCCGACGAUUUCAACAUGGCCACGGACGGCAACCCGUAGAAGAGCUGCCGUCUGAGCCGAGCGCCACGUGUUUGUCUUUUGCACCCACUCAUCCACAAGCAUCGAUUCCACCCACACCUCCAGUCACUCUCCGAAGCGAUGCCUCUCCCGUCACCCUACACAGUGUGCGCAUCAAACUCUCCCGUACCUGCAGUGCUUUCCGUUCUGCACGGCGCUGUGCAGCUUAUUAGAUAUUCCAACCUAUGAAAAGUGUUUGUGUUGAAUCUCAUUUGCAGUAGAGUUUUUAGAGACAGGAUUAGUUUGCUUAUUGAGAUUUAGCAACUUGAAUGCUAAUCAGUGCAGGGAAAAGGCAGUAGAUCCUCUGUUAGAAAAAAAAAAAAAAACUGUAAAUAACUCUCCUCAAAUAUCCACUUUGAAUUGAUUGAAUGAAACGAGUGAGGUCCAAGCACUGAUAAUUUAAAGGGUUCCCUUGUCCUGGCUCGACGUCGGCACGUCCGAGCGGGAAAGCAAAGCUUGUCUGUAUAUCCUCGUACUGUACUACAGGUCCUCACCGAUGCUUCAGGCUGGUAUGCAAUUGACCAGGAUGCACUGUAUAUUAGAGGGAUUUGCAAGAGCUGAACGGCGCGUGGCUCCCUGCAGGAUUCAGAGGGACUGUCCCACCGGUCCCUCACACAGCUGUCUAGUCAUAUGAAGUGAUUUCCUCAGUAUUUUUGUUUGUUUUCUAGGAAGACUAGCGUAGUCCUUAAAAUGUGAUUAUUCUCUCUCUCUUUUUUUUUCUUUUUUUUUUCUGCUUCUCUGGACAGUUAUUUACUAAUUGAGGAAAAGAACGUGUGACCUGACCGGCCUGUCUCUUUAAACGACACAAAGUUCAUGCAUCAAUAACUUGCCUAUAACUUAAACUAACUUAAAAUUGUAUAUGUUAAUUUAUUUAAAUGUUUUGAUUCUGUCAAAUUACUGGUAAUAUGAUAAUCUUUGAGAUAGCAGAAUAUCUAUUAAUUUAUUCCAAUCGCAUGUUGCUUUUUUUCCUUAUCUUUUUUUUUUUUUUUUAAGUUUUUAUGUUACUGAAAUGCUUUCUAACGUAAACGUGUUUUGCUAAAAGCAAGUUUGAGAAUAGGCACCCCCAGUCGACUGCACAGUGAACUUCAUCAUUUCCCAGGAUCCGCUCGUUUUGGCAGAGGUUGUUCACAACUAUCCAAACAGUAAGGGACUGCUGGGUACAUCCCAUGUUUUAGUUGUUUCUUUUUUUGUUUUUGUUUGUUUUUUUAGGGGUAUGACCCUCUCAGGGAUGCAUCAAGUCAUAACUGAUCCCGAUUCCCUUAAUUUGUUACUCAGACACGUUUUUUUUUUUUUCCCCCCCCACCUGGCGGCCCACACUUGCAGUAGCCCUGCGUCUUGCUGCACUCUUCCCCGUGUAUUGCACACUAACUUGUGAACCUUGUUUAGCCGAGGUGCAGCGCCACUACAGACCUUUUUUUGUACACAACUGCUGUAAAGUAGCAUUUAAGAGACGUUGGUGUCCUGGCGACCGUGUAAAUAGAGUACAUUUUAGUGUGAACAUCUUUGAGAAACUUGUAGAUUAUUCUAGAAUUUGUAUUUUUGUAUAGACUUUUCGAUUACUAACUCUCAGAGUUUGGAGCUAACGUACACCGUCGCUCAUGGCAUUCUUCCCACUGUCGCAUUUAUGCAGAAGAGUUUGAUUUUUUUUUUUUUUUUUUCUUUUUCCUUCUUCUUCUUGCUGUGUUUAGUUGAAUAGUUCUACAAGCAACCGGGCUUCUGUACAGACCCUAUAGUAACAAGACACACCGGCACACAGCCUCUGCUCAGAGUAUAGUUUAGCAGUAUUGUUUCAUGUGGGACACAAUGCAAUGAUGACAGAGUGAUGGCAUUAUAUAUAUAUAUAUUUGAAUAUAUAUAUGUAUAUGAGAGUGUACAGCUUACUUGGCCUUAUUAUAUUACCUGUUCUGUGAGCCUCCAUCACCUUGAAGGUCUCUGAUUCAGCUCAUCUUCACCGACUCUCCAGCAGCAGAAGCACUGGCGAGGGGAAGCUGCAGGAGUUUUGAUACCCGUUCAUGUGAGGGCAAGAACGUAGAGUUGUUUUGAUUUGGUAUUUCAUAAAAUGAAGUCAGCCAAGAAUAUUCAAUAUUUUAUUUGCAUUUGACUUUGUUUCCUGAAAUGCCAAACGAAUAUCUUCCUCUUUUUUCCUUUUAUUUUUAUUUUUUUUAAUCCCUAUUGUGGCCCCAAGUGCUGUCGUAUUGUCCAGUUUUGAUGUUUGGAGAGUCUCUAAUGAAUAUGUCGCAUUGCUUAAAAAAAGAAGAAAAAAAAUAGAAAUUAAGCAGUAUAACAGAUGCAGAUUUUUUUUUCUAAUUCCAGGAUGUGGGAUCAAACCAGAGUGAAUUACUUAUCUCUUUCAGCUCAAAAUGUGGCUUUUCUUUUUGCCAAUAUUUAUGAAAAGCGCUUUUCUCCUGAUUGACUUUUGCCAAGAAAGCAGAAAGAUGUUCAGGUGAAUCUCAAAAACCUGAGUGCAAUGGAAAAGUUUAUUUUUUUUCCCCCCAUAAUUUAGUUCAGUGAACCUUUAUAGCCUCUAAAUCAUGAAAAUUGAAAAUGCUGAAGGCCAUAAUUAUCACAAAAUUUUUUUUUAAAUGCCUCACAACGUUCUGAAGUUUUGAGAAGUACCUGUUUUGCAAAAGGCACCAGUCAGUCACAUUUUGUGUUUUAAAUCAUUUCAGGUAUAUACUGUAUUAUGUGUCUGCAGUGUCAAAAUCUGACUUUUGAAUUGCAAGAAAUAAUUUCCACAGCGUCUCCAUCUCGGUGCUUUGAGGCGACUGCCAGGAGUCGAGCACUUCCAUCCUAAUGCAUUCUCAUACGUGCAUACUGUCAAUGAACACAACUAUGCAAUUAAAAGUGUGGCGUUCAACAAGUUUAAACACUGAUUCCAAGACAAAAAAAGUUAUUUAUGCCUCCUCCUAUCCAAGAAUUGAUAUUCUGCUAUAAACCUAUAUGCAGAACUCUAGUGGCAAACGUUUGCAAAUCCAGUGUGACUAAUGGAGUCAUGUUUGGUGCAUUUUGUGUAUUCUUUAAAGGGGACGUAUUAUGCUUUUUUCACUUUGUGAAGAGUUUCUUAUAGUAGUACAUUCAAAUUUGAAAAUUGUCUGUUUCCUCCCCGUCUUGUUACACCACAUUUUUGAAAAUGAAACUGAAGCUGAAACAGUCGAGUUUGAGUUUGUUCCCCUUAUCCUGAAAUAAGUGGAUUUAACUCGUCCUCCUGACUGUGCCCCCCCUGUGAGAGAGAGAGAGAGAGAGAGAGAGAGUGGGCGUGGCCAGACACGUUCAAGUGCAUCCGGGAAGCAGAGAAAGCUCAGAGUGACUUUUUAGGCUGCUGAAACUCCAAACAAAGGAUGAAUUUGGGGUAAACAAGCUUAAAUACUGUGUUUUGGGGCUUCUGAGACCUAUAUGGCGUGAAUGAAAAGUAGCAUAAUAUUUCCCCUUUAAAGGAAUUUUUGAAGUGCAUCACUUGAAUGUUGCACCACAGCCAUCCUCUGGCCUCCGAGACAAUAGAUAACAACUGGACUUGUUUGAGGGAGAACUUCGAGAAAGAAUGGUUCUGUUUUAAGAAUUAUUUGGUCAAUUGUCCUCAGCUUUUCUUAUGUAUUUUUUUUUUCCUUUUUAUGACUGUUUGUGUAAACAUGUUUCAUUUGGUGUCACUAAAUGUUUCCCAUCAUCUCAGCCUUUCACGUAAAUAAGAUUUGACUUGUGGAUAAUCUGUCAGCUUUUGUCCCCACUGGUGAAAGUCAAACUCACUGCUGCCAAUAUUUCUUUUAAGUCUGUUAAUUUUUACUUUUUUUUCUUUUGUAAUUGUUUUGGACUUGUGGCCCAGGUUUUGUCUGAUGUCCACCGCACAUGGUGACCAGGACAAAUCAUAGAUGGUGACAUUUGUUUGGAAGCAAGUUGAUCACAACUGUAGAACCAGAAUUUUGUUUUUUGAUGGGCCAGGGGAACUCAGAUACUCUGCCAUCUCCAUUUUUAUUCCAAAUGGGCAAUAUUUUACACACAAAAGAAAAAAGAGGAAACUUGACGCUUCCAAAGGAAUGUCUUUACACCCAAAGAGUGAGGAAUUGUUAAGGAUUUGUAUUUUUAAGAGAAUGUAUAAUGUGAAAAUGUUUGCUUAUGCUUGUUUCGUAUAAAGUAAUAUGAUAACUUUCGGAAUUGAGAGCAAUAUAAUACUAAUAAAUCCUUAUCCUUGUCACUGAAA